AACCUUUCUAGAGCAGCCGACCGGGACUCACUCGACUUGAAGUUCUUCGGUCGCCGUGACUGUCCACCCAUAACCUGCAGCAGUGACGUAAUAACCAGUGUCAGUCAGAAACACCCCAUGUGUGGUUAAAGAACCCAGGUGAAAUGCUCGUCAAGGAAUUCCGGGUUGUUCUGCCACUGACAGUUGAGGAGUAUCAAGUGGCACAGCUUUAUAGUGUAGCAGAGGCAAGUAAAAAUGAAACUGGUGGCGGAGAGGGCGUUGAGGUCCUUAAGAAUGAGCCAUUUGAAAAUUACCCCCUUUUAGGGGAUAGAUAUAGUAAAGGACAAUACACGUAUAAAAUAUAUCAUCUUAAAAGCAAAGUUCCAUCAUUCAUCCGACUAUUAGCACCUGAGGGAUCUUUGGAGGUUCAUGAGGAGGCCUGGAAUGCGUACCCUUAUUGUAGGACUAUUAUUACGAAUCCGGGAUACAUGAAAGAAGCCUUUGUCAUCUCUGUAGAGACACUUCAUGCUCCCGGAGAGGGUGAAAUGGAGAAUAAUCCUGGUUAUAUGAAGAAAAACUUUUUCAUAUCCAUUGAGACACUUCAUGCUCCAGACACAGGGACCAUGGAAAAUGCUCAUGAACUAUCAGGAGAGAAACUUAAGCUACGAGAAGUUGUACCUAUAGAUAUAUCAAAUGAUACUGUAAGAACUUCAGACUACAAAGCUGAUGAAGAUCCUACAAAAUUUCAGUCACAGAAGACAGGUCGAGGCCCUUUAGUUGGCCCUGAGUGGUGGAAAAAGUGUGAUCCAGUGAUGACCUGCUACAAACUUGUAACUUGUGAAUUCAAGUGGUUCGGUUUGCAGACCCGUGUUGAGAAAUUUAUUCAAGAUAUAGAACGUAGACUGUUUACUAACUUCCAUAGGCAAGUGUUUUGUUGGAUGGACAGAUGGCAUGGAAUGACAAUGGAUGACAUUAGACAGCUGGAAGACAAGACGAAAGAGGAGUUAGAUAAGCAAAGGGAACAAGGUGAAGUCAGAGGUACAAAAGGCGAGUAGUCUCCCCCCCCGCUCAUCAAUAUACCAGGAGAGUUGUUUGAGAAUUUGGAACAGUUUGCCACUUUGUUUGGUAACCUUUUGUUGGUUCAUUAGCAUUUGAGAUGCUGCUUUGAAUUGAUGAAGUUGGUAAGUUUAGACUAGGAGUUAUAAGUUGGUAAGCAAUAGGGUUUUUAAAUACUUAAUAUUUCAUAAUUAAGAAUUUAAAAGACUACUCUGUACAGUAUUAGAAAUCUAUCACAGCACUUCUAAAUGCAUUUGCUAUUCACAAAAAUUUAAAACAAUCCAUUUAAUGGAAAUUUUGUAUCUCUGAAUUUAAAUUGAAUUUGUAUACUGGAUUUACCAUAAAAUAUGAAAAUACUUAAUAAUGAAGUUGACAGAAUAAUGUGAGGAUCAAGUUCAGUAUUAUUCGGUUACUGGUUUAUUGUAUUACAUGAUAGAAAAAUUGUUUGACACUUAGGUUUAUAUGUACAGUGGACCCAUGGUAAAUCUUGAGGUUUAUAUGUAUAGUGGACCCAUGGUAAAUCUUUACUUUGCAAUGAAAAAAUGUUAUUGGUGAAUUGUUAAAUUUAAUUAUUGAUAUUUCUAGUUAGAUGGGUAGCUUUAGUCAAAAUUUAUCAUUCCUGUGAUUCAAAACAAUGUCACAACUGUAAGAGAAGAGACUUCAUUGAAUCUUGUAAUGGUCUGGAAUGGGACUAUGUGAAGUGUAGGUAUGCUGUAGUAUGGAGUGUGUGUUUGAGAAGAAAUGAAGUGGCAAUUUAAAUGGUUGUUCUUGUGUUUCAUGUGCCAUCAUUGUGACCUGCAGUUUGACAAGAAUUACAAUUUGGUGUCAUUCCCCUUCAGAAUCCAGAGGAAGCGUUAUCAAUUUUGGACAGUGAAGAAUUUAUAUCUUAGCUUUUGAGAUAAGUCCUUAGUCUAAAUUAUUUUAUUUAAAUUCUUUAAUCGCUGAAAAUGGCAGUUUUUCCUCUGUUGAAGUAUGUCUAAAAUUAAGUAAGGAUUUAAUGUGAAAAUAUUAUGGUUUUCUCUUAUCUGACAAUGAUUAUUACAAUAUUUCAGUGAGGAGGUUGUAUGGUUUAGUACAUUUUUAAAACUACUUAUAAAUUAUAUUUCAUUGUCCUCAUAAAUUACUGGAAUUGUAUGAAUAAUCUUAAAUAUUGAUUUUUGUUAAUUUUUAAUUAUUAAAAAGUAUUGUUUUUAUAUUAAUGGUUUAAAAAACUGUAUAUUCUAGAUUCAUGUAGGUUUGAGAAUAAUAAAUCUCAGAAAAAUUUUC